AUGGAGGAUUCCAUAGAAGAGGAUACAGAAAUGACUGACCGAUUCACUCAGCUGAGGCCUCUGGAUGUGAAGCUGUCAACGUCGAGCACCUUCCACGGGUCUUGCAUAAUCAAUUUGGGGAACACCAUCGUUAAAUGCUUGGUUAACUUGCCUAAAGUGUCCGCAAAGAAGGCCGCCUCAGACUUCGGCCAAUUCACCCUAGAGGUGACCUCAAACGACUCGUUUCACACCCAGAAAGACUUGGAAACUCUGAAAACACAGAUUCUGGAAACUUUUGAAAAGCACAUCAUAAUGGACAACUAUCCCUGUCAAAUUAUAGAGGCAUAUGUCAUUAUUUCAAACGACGACGGUGGCCUUUUGCCUACCGUCCUGAUGGGAAUGUGUUUAGCAUUGAUAGACUGUGGCAUUCAUGUAUACGAUGUGAUCGCAGCUUGUUCAGUGUGUGUUUUCAAAGAUCGGAAUCAGCAACUAACUGUCGCUCUCGACCUAACAAGGGAGGAGGAGGAAUAUUAUAAAUCAUUGGACCCUGACCUAACAGUGGUGAACCUGGGAUUGUGUUCACAAUUAAAGACAAUUGCAUUGUUAUAUUCAAAGGGAUGCUAUAUAGGAGAGUCUCUAAAGGACGCGCUGGACGUGGCUAAGGAGGCCUGUAGCUUACUUUCGGGGGAAUUGUUUAAAGUUUUAAGGAGCAGUCACAUUUGGAAGGCUGAAAGUUCAAAUUUUGUACUGCAAACAGAUUAUAUACAGCCGAGUGUUGAUGUAAAUCCAAUAAUGUAG